GUCCCCCUGUGCGACGAGUGACGGAUUGACACUUGAUUGUUUACUACCUGCGAUGCAGUUUUUGAAUUUUUAGUGAAAAAUUCGUAAAUUUCUUUAAAUUUCGUCUGAAAAUUGGUAGAAUUAAGUUGGUGCAACGACCCGCGAUCGAUUUGGGGUGGUAUCCAGCAGUCAAAAGUUCAGAAUGGAGCACAGCGGUGAGUUCAAACUGGGUGCCCUGAAGAACCUGGAGCCAGCCUUGCAAGCAUCCGUCCGUCAGUACCGCAAUCGAUCGAAGAAGCAGAAAACAUCCAGCGAUAAAGCAUCGUCGUGCCAUGGCGGAGGGGAUGAAAAGCUAAGCGAGGUGCUGGCCAAGAUCGCCAGCUUGCAGAAAGCAGCCACCGGUGACGGGGCCAUCAACCUGGUCCGGACGUACAACGUCAAGCUCCGGUUGAAGAAAACGCUCUACAAGUGCUUCGAUUGCAAUCAAAGCUUCACCAAUGCUGAAUUUCUGGAAAUGCACGAGAACUCACACGCCACUUCCGGCACGCACGACACUUCCGGUCCCGGGCGGGACAUAGAUCUGAAGCAGCAAUCGUUCGACGAAUCCGAGAUGAAUCUCAAGCAGAACGCCUGGUUCACGGGAGAUUUCUCCGACACGGAAGAGGACGGAGACGAAAUCAUGCUGGACUGCACCGUAGAGGAGCGCGAGGACAAUUACGACAUUACGUUCGAUCGGAACAAGUGCGAGAAGACUUACACGGUCAAGUACAAGGUCAAGAAGGAGGUCGUCGGCAAGUGCGAACGGUGCGAAAAAGUAUUCUAUUCCUCCGAAGCUCUGGAGCUGCACAAAGUUGAGCACGAAAAGUUUAUUGAUUUCGCGGCCAUCGAACCGACCAUCAACAUCGAUUCGCCGAAGAUUGAAGAGAGCACAUUCGUGCUGGACGAGAACUUCUUCCAGGUUCUCUCGGAGAUGGACGCCAGCGACAUCCUUGAGGUAUCGGAAUCCGACGUCAAGCGAAGUCCCUCGACGGAGAUCCGUCUCGAGUACAAGAUCGUCCCACGGCGCACCUCAAAAGACACCCAUCAGCAAAGCCCCGAGCCGCAGCAAACCCCGCUGAAAGCACCCGAGGGUCGCUUCCAGUGCGACAUCUGCGCGAAACGGUUCCGGUUUCGGCCCGCGUUGACCGUCCACGCGCGCACCCACGACAACAGUCGGCCCUUCCGGUGCGAAGAGUGCGGCCGGAGGUUCAUCAGCCGGGCCAAGCUGUUUCUGCACGCGUACGGCCAUCGGCGGGAGGACGAGGCCGCCAUCCGGUGUGAGCGCUGUGGGCGGGAAGGUUUUGCCCGCCCCAAGCAGCUGCUGGAGCACAUGAUCGCGGAGCAUGGCAAGCAGUGAGGCGGGUGUUUUGUGUGCCGUAAAUUGUAUUAGCAUCUCUUAUUGUGUAAGUAGUAGUUUGCCUGCCCCCUCGAAUUGAUAAUCCGAUUAUUCGUUACGUCCUGCGUGUGCCAAAGCAGAGCAGGAUAGAUUACCCUUCUAACUAUUAUCAUGUGCACUGAUUCAUGUAAUUCAUUUGUGUCACUUUUGGCUGUAGCCAAGUCUGUGUGUGUGCAGUAGAUUUGCGUUUUGCAACAUGCAUUUAUGAAAUCUUUAGAAGUGAAAAAUACUCAUUCAAAUUGUUUAUCUGUGUAGAGGUAUUGAGAAUGAAAAAUAAAGAAUUGAAAGUAA